UGCUGGUGGUCCUAGCAGUACUGCAGCAAAUGUACCUAUGCAGCACAUCUGCUUUUGAAACGCAUGGCACUUAUUAUUGGGGGACAAAAUUCAUUGACUGUGUUUGUUUCACUCAUUAGCGACGUGCCAGCACCCAUUUCUUCACAGGGUUCUCCAGUCCCCCUAACCCCUUGAUUGUUUAUCAGGCGUCAUUCCCUCGCAGUACUUAAUGCUUCGUGGGAUAUCCCAGCACCCAUCUUCACAGGGGACUCAAUUGCAAGAUUAUUGAGAUUUAUAAAGAUGGAAUUUUAGAUGAGGUACACUGGGGGGACAGCUACCCGGCGUGCACAGGCAAACGUCAGUCUCCAAUUGACAUCCAGCGGAAGAAAGUCCAGUACAACUCUCAGCUGCUGCCGUUUGAACUGAGUGGGUUUGAUGGGCUGCAACAAGGACAAUUUCUUGUGACCAACAAUGGGCACUCAGGCAGUUCAGAUCGACCUUCCACCCACCAUGAGCAUUGUCAAAGGUCUUCCCAACAAAUACACAGCAACCCAGAUGCAUCUCCACUGGGGUGGAAUGGACAUGGAGGCGAGUGGCUCUGAACACACGGUGGACGGCAUGCGAUACCUUGCUGAGCUCCAUAUUGUUCUUUACAACUCUGAUAAAUAUGUUAGCUUUGAUGAAGCCAGAGACAAACCAGACGGACUGGCUGUGCUUGCGUUUUUCUAUGAGGAUGGACAUUUUGAGAACACUUACUACAGUGACUUCUUGUCCUUACUAGGAAAAAUCCAGUAUGCAGAUCAGACCACCACCAUGACUUCCAUCAAUGUGCGGGCGAUGCUACCAGAAAAUCUUUCCCAUUUUUACAGGUACCAUGGGUCACUGACUACCCCACCAUGCUUUGAGAGCAUCACCUGGACAGUGUUUGACACUCCUAUAACUCUGUCUUAUAACCAGAUUAGAAUCCUAGAGAAUGCUUUGCUAGACUGGGAGAACAAAACUUUGAGAAAUGACUACCGACAUGCCCAGCCCCUGAAUGAACGGGUGGUCCAGUCUUCCUUUUUGCCCCGCCUUGGUCAAGGAGCUUUUUGUCGCCAAGAAGAGAUUGAAGCAAAAUUGGUAAAAAUAGAAGGCCUGAUACGGGACCUCGGUCAGGAGAUGCAGAAAGUCAGACCUACCAGACCUUAUGGGCAACACAGUAAUCAAGGUGUCAAGUCCAUUGCUCCACUGGCUUUACACUUUUCAUCUAAGAACACUGAUAGCUAUGCACAGGUGCACGUCCUACAUGGCAUGAUGCUGAGUGCCUUCACUAUCUGUGCCCACGCCAAGACUAGGCAUGAGGGAGUCCAGACCAUCCUGUCGUAUUCUGGCCCAAACUAUGACAAUGAACUUGUUCUGAGCGCUGGCCGAGAAGUUGGCCUUUGGAUAGGCGGACACUUCAUCAGCUUUGCUUUGAACUGGUGGGCUGUGGAAUGGACACAUUAUUGUAUCACAUGGGCAUCCCACUCUGGAGGGGCAGAGCUCUGGAUAAAUGGUGUGGUGGGCCCAGAGAAAUAUAUCCGGAGAGGGCAUGUGAUCAGAUCUGGCGGAACCUUUAUAAUUGGCAAGGAUCAGGAUGGACUGCUGGGCUUCUCUGAAAUAGACUCUUUUGUCGGUCACCUGAGUGACAUCAACAUCUGGGACUACGUCCUGAGUGCCACAGACAUCAGAGAGCUCAUGAAGUGCAGGGGCUUCGGCAGUAGAGGGAAUGUCAUUGCAUGGGGCGUUAACAAGAUGUCUCUUUUUGGUGGGGUGGGAGUUGAACAGGACACUAGAUGUGCUUAAUGAGGGGUGCUGCUAAACCGUACAUCUGUGAUGCCUACUGACCCCGGUAAGAUGUGCGACGGCUCAUCUUCUGAUUCGUUUGGGAGCUGGAGAUGCAACCGACAAAAGUCUUGGUUAUAUGUAUCAUUGUUGUGUGCAACAAAAAUAAAAAAAAAUGAUUAUACAAUUUACAGAUUGCUUAAAGAUUUCAGAUAAUGCCAAUGUAAAUAUCAAUCCAUCAAUUUUCUGCAAAAGUUCCCACCUGAUAAUACAGGAAUCGAUCUUAGAUGGGGCACCAGUCCGUUUUACAUCACACACACCAAACAAAUUAAAAGGCAUCAGAAAUUUACAAAAGGUUUGAAGUGGUCAGUGUUGGGGGUAACACGUUAAAAGUAUUAUGUGGUCAGAUUACUUUUAAAAGUAGUGAGUGCAGACUAGCGUAAUACUUAUUUUUUUUUAAUUAAAAAUACCUGCAUUACUUUUAAAAAACAGAUGGACGUUACAGCGUCACUCCGCAAGCUUAUUUCUGUUAAUCCAAAAAAAAAAUUGCUGUGUUAUUUUAUGCUGCUGUUGGUGUAACAUCGUGUAAGCGUGUGCUCCAGCGGCUGGCGACAGCUAGUGAGGAGGAGGUUAAGCACGAGGCUACCAUGCAAUCAAGAGAAAAGGACUAACCAAAAGUAUUAAUUUUGUCUUUAAUAUGUUUAGGGGAUGAAUUUAAAUUACGGUCACGGGGAGCCAGUGAUCAUCUUGUACGGUAAGAAGCACACAUAGUGGUACGGCUGUCCUUUGCAGGGCUGUGCUGCCCAGCCAAUCAGAAAAGAGUAACAGAGGCUUAGAAAUAAAGUGUUUAGUUUUUACCCAUGGAAAAAGGUGAUGGAGGUUACUUACUUUGCAGCAUAUAAAGGACUACCGUAUAUACUCGCGGAUAAGUUCUCCCAUGGAUAAGUUAGGACUUGAUUUUAUCGUAUAAUUUCUGGUAUUUUAUAAUGUCGGUCGU